GAUAUCGAAUAUCGCCCUUGAAUGUUUGUGUUGUAAAACAUUAAACUUACAAUAACUAAAAUACUCAACGAUAGACUUUACUAUAGAUCCAGAAAAUUUUCAUAGAAAUCCUUGUUAUAUAAAAUAUGAAAAUUGACACAACAGACUUUCAGGACAUGUGCAGAAUAUGCCUUGAACGAAGCCAAGUAUCUUUUGAUAUUUAUACUUGUUAUUACGCGAAAAGAAAUACAUUAUACUCUGAAAUGCUGUCUGAUUGUACAAAAAUUAAGCCUGAUGAAGAAGACGGUUUGCCGAGGCUUAUUUGUAAGAAUUGCUGCCGGCAGUUAAAAAGGACAUAUAUUUUCAAUUUGCAAUGUGUUGAGAGUGAAAAGAAAUUAAGGAACCUUCUAGAUAACAAUCAUACAAUUCCUGCAGAGACAGCAACAUGCCUUGGGAUCAAGGAAAAGGUGCAUGAUCUGUGUAAUAAUGUUAAAGACGAGAUAGAAGAUUUAAAGGACAAAUCCAUAGAAUUGUUAUUAAAAGAAGAAAAAGCUGUUGAUGAGGAUAUCAAAUCGGAACCUGGUUACAAUGAAAAUGAUGAAAAUGACAAUUGGAAUGAUGAUGAUGAUAAUGUUCUUAUUCAAUUCAAAACAGCACAAGAGUCUGAAGUUUCAGAAGCGAAUGGCGAGGUGAUAACAAAGAAAAAAAGAGGGCGCAAGAAAAAAGAUGGAACAGCGGUGGCCCACAGCAGGCUGCCACACCAGUGCGACGUCUGCGGGAAGAUACUCAGCUCGAAGAGCAAUCUGAACUCGCACAAGAUAUGCCACACGGACUUCAGGCCCUAUAAGUGUACAGAGUGUCCCGCUUCCUUCAAAGGACACAGUGGUUUAUUCCAACACAAAAGGUUGCAUACCGGCGAGACACCUUUCCAUUGUGAAUAUUGUCCGAAGCAAUUCAGAAGAAAAACGGCCCUCGUCAACCAUAUACGCAUGCAUACUGGUGAAAAGCUAUUCAGUUGCGACAUAUGCUUCAAGAGUUUCGUGCAGAGCGCCCAACUGGCGAUACACAUGAAGCGGCACAGCGGCGACAAGUCCUACCUGUGCCAGGACUGCGGGAAAGGGUUCCCAAUAAAGGCCGAUCUGAAGGUGCACCAGCGGGUCCACAACGGCGAGAAACCGUACGCGUGCCACCUCUGCGAGAAGACCUUCGCGACAUCUGGAAACCUGUCCAUCCACGUGCGGAUACAUAACAGAGAAGUUAGAUACAAUUGCAAAUAUUGCCACCGCGGUUUCAUAACACGCAGCUCAUUUAACGUUCACAUCAAACGGCACAGCGGCCAAAGGGACUAUUCCUGCGAGUGCGGCAAGAAAUUCUACACGUCGUCAGCUUUAAAGCAACAUAAAGUCGUUCACACGGGCGAAAAGCGAUACCAGUGCAAGAUAUGCGAUAGAAAGUUCACACAGACAAGCCAUUUGAGCCGCCAUUUUAGACGAGAUCACGCGAAACCGAACGCGCCGAUACCCACCUCGGAUUAUUAUAAAAUCAUCCUGCCGCAAUCCAGCCAAGGAAUGGUGUUCGAAAUUCAAAAGGCGGCGCCGAAUGUGGACGACAAUUUGAAAUGCGAAGACACGUAGCGAAGGGACUGGCUGAAUAGAAAUGUUGUUUGGUGCGCCGUGUUCGAAAUUUGAAUUGUAAUCCGAUAGAUAAUUCAAAUGUGGAAGGGAAUGAAGUGUCGUGUUCGAUAUUUAAAUUAUAAUUCGAUAUUAAUUUGAAAUGUGAGAUAAGAGA